CAAAACCGUAGGGGUAACGUAAAAAUUGAUAUUUUUCUCAAAUUUAUUUAGAAAGAAAUUGGUUUGUCUCCCGAUCCGAUUAUUUGAAACGGCGCGGAAGAUAAAGACAAAUAAUCGUCGACAAAAAAGUGUACCGGAAGAAGCUGUACAGUCCCCCCCGCCACCUACACCUGUCGGUUACCUCCUCCUUGUAAGGCCCCAAUCACCAUCAUCAUUCCCUCCCCUCUGUUUCCUUUUGUCUUCUUCUUCCUCACCAUUACCCAAAAAACCAUUACGCCAUUCUGUUAAAUUUGCAGACUGCAUCUCAAUUCUCUAUAUAUAUACACACAUUACACACAACACAAUCCCUUGUUCUCUUCUUCUCUCGUUUCACCUUUGGUUAUGGAGAGCUCUGCCGGCGACGAUGCUUCCUCCACUGUUUGGGAUGAUACUUGCUUCAACGCCAUGUUUUCCGGCGUCAGUCUCCAGUCAUUUCUCGCCGGUGGUAGUCAGAGUCACACAUUUUUGCCGUCUCUGUUCGGAGGAGGAUACACUGCCGAUGCUCUUGCUUUCCCUGACGGUACUACGUCGUUCUAUCCUCAACCGAGCUCUAACUUCGUUGCUGAAUGUACCGCUUCUUCCGAUGGCUAUUUCCUCAAGUUGCCUAAAUCCGAGCCGAUGAAUGUGUAUGGAAACACAGAGACUGAAGAAACUGCGUUCGGUCUUCAUGAUUCGAUGUCGUUUCCUCACUUGCCGGAUCUCCGUUCGUUGGAGCAAUGUUCGUCGUCGUUUAACAAGCGUGCUCGAGUCGAUUAUUCUAUGUUGAAUCCGUCGCAGAUGGUGGAGCCGAUGGUGCGAGGGUGUGAGGGUUUCCAGAAAUUUUUUAUGCCGUAUCAGUACAAACCUUCGUCGGAUUUAAUAACAACUUCUGCUACUGUGUCUCCCACUGUUCAAAUCCCUCGCAGCGCAUUGGCUCGACAGCGUCGUCAGAAAUUGAGCGACAAGACGCGUUGCUUGCAGAAACUACUUCCGUGGGACAAAAAGAUGGAUAUCGCUACAAUGCUUGAAGAAGCGUGCAAAUACGUCAAGUUCCUUCAAGCGCAACUCGUCGCACUUCAAUCCAUGCCCUGUGAAUCGGCCAUUUCUACUUAUUCGAGUAAUCAUUACAUUACCGGUGUGUUUGGUGGAUUGGAGAGGCUGAAUCGAAACCAACUGUUGCAAGUUUUGGUUAACUCGCCGGUGGCUCAGACAAUGCUUUGUUCGCAGAGUUGUUGCGUUUUCUCGGCGGAGCAGUUGGGGCUUAUCCAGAAGAUAGCAGAGAAAAGAGUUCUACUGCAGCAAAUGUCGACAUUCCGUCCCAAACCCUAGUUUCCGAUGACGUUCCGGCCACCGUUUGUGGUUCAGACCAACAAAAAGGCAAGGCGGCGCGUCCGGUAUCACAAGUUCUCUUUAUGUGUUUAGAUGUUAGGUUAUUACAAAGCAUAUGUUAGUAUUAGAAUAUCCAUUCAUUUCUCUUCGUUUUUGGUUCAUGUAGUCACAAUUUAAAAUGCUGGGAAAUGUUUUUUUGGGUGAAAGUACAAUGGAACAGCUACCUUAGUUUUAGUGAUCCAGAAAAUUAGGUACACAAAUUUCAGUAAAGAAUGCAGUUCCUUUUCAGAAGCACCCCAUUUUCUGCCUACCAUUAAUUGCUUUUCCAUUCUGAGUGAGUCCUUGUGCCCAGAAUUUUGUUGAAAGUGACAUUCAAACUCAGUUUUGUUGCCCAAUUAAAAUAAUAACUUGUAAAGGAUAAAUUAUGAAAAAUAUUU